GCUGAAAGGCUCAUCAGCUCCUUCGGGAACUUGAGCUUGGACGGGCCGCCUCGGCAGCGCCGUAGACCGCGACCACCUGACAGACACCCCGCUCCACAGCGACCCCACGGUCCAGGUUCAGCAAGCACAUCUACCUCCUGAGGGGGCUGCCGGGCUCCGGGAAGAGCAGUCUGGCCAGGAAGCUGAAGAGAGAUUUUCCCAGUGCUGUUGUGCUUAGUACAGACGACUAUUUCCUACUGGAAGACGGAACCUACAUAUACAACCCUGAUCUACUACAAGAUGCACACAGGUGGAAUCAGAGGAGAGCACGCAAGGCAAUGACCAAGGGAAGGACACCAAUUAUCAUCGAUAAUACGAACAUUCUGGCCUGGCACAUGAAGCCGUAUGCGGUUAUGGCACUUGAGAAUGCAUAUCAGGUCAUAUUUCUGGAGCCUGACACACACUGGAAGUUCAAUGUCAAGGAGUUAACAAGGAGAAAUAGUCAUGGUGUUCCCAGAGAGAAGAUCCAACGAAUGAAAGAUGUCUAUGAGCACAAUGUCACUUUCCGUAGCGUCCUGCAUGCAGAGAAGUCAUCUUAA